GGAGCUGCCAAGAUGACGAUCCGGUUUCCACACCAACCCACAAAUUAAUUUAGAGAUGGAUUAAUCUAAUUUGGCUCUUUUAAAAAAAAAUAAUUAAAUGCAACAGCAAGCCGAGAAAGACUUAGAGACAAGAUCUGCCUGAGUCACUGAUGGAGAAAAUAGCAGAAAGCCACACACCCGUGACAGUCGGGCGGUGCAUUCCCAGCAUGCAUCACAUGGAGUGAUGCCCCCUCCUUGGGGCUAGGAAGGAGAUUCACAAUCUCCUGCAAUAUCCUGGACAAACUUUCCUGAGUUAGACAAACCAAAAUGGCCGAAGAAGAAAUUGCUGCUCUCAUCAUUGACAAUGGCUCUGGGAUGUGUAAAGCUGGCUUUGCUGGAGACGACGCCCCUCGUGCAGUGUUCCCAUCCAUUGUCGGACGCCCAAGGCACCAAGGGGUCAUGGUUGGGAUGGGGCAGAAGGACAGUUACGUUGGUGACGAGGCCCAGAGCAAGAGAGGCAUCCUGACCCUGAAGUACCCUAUUGAACAUGGCAUUGUCACCAACUGGGAUGACAUGGAGAAAGUGUGGCACCAUACCUUCUACAAUGAGCUCCGUGUUGCCCCAGAGGAGCACCCUGUCCUGCUGACAGAAGCUCCCCUGAAUCCCAAGGCCAACAGAGAGAAGAUGACCCAGAUCAUGUUUGAGACCUUCAACUCCCCUGCCAUGUAUGUGGCCAUCCAGGCUGUACUGGCCUUAUAUGCCUCUGGACGUACCACUGGCAUUGUGAUGGACUCUGGUGAUGGGGUGACCCAUGCCGUGCCCAUCUACGAAGGCUACGCGCUGCCUCAUGCCAUCCUGCGCUUGGACUUGGCUGGGCGUGACCUGACCGACUACCUCAUGAAGAUCCUAACGGAGCGGGGUUACAGCUUCACUACCACAGCAGAGAGGGAGAUCGUGCGUGAUAUCAAGGAGAAGCUGUGCUACGUCGCCUUGGACUUUGAGCAGGAGAUGGCUGCAGCUGCUGCAUCUGCCUCUUUGGAGAAAAGUUACGAGCUCCCUGAUGGGCAGGUGAUCACCAUUGGGAACGAGCGGUUCAGGUGCCCAGAGGCCCUCUUCCAGCCCUCCUUCCUGGGCAUGGAAUCCUGCGGCAUCCAUGAGAGCACCUUCAACUCGGUCAUGAAGUGUGACAUCGACAUCCGAAAGGACCUCUAUGCCAACACAGUGCUGUCCGGUGGCAGCACCAUGUAUGGUGGCAUCGCUGACCGCAUGCAGAAGGAAAUCGCUGCCCUGGCCCCAAGCACUAUGAAGAUCAAGAUCAUUGCCCCAGUGGAGCGCAAAUUCUCAGUCUGGAUUGGUGGUUCCAUCCUGGCGUCUCUCUCCACCUUCCAGCAGAUGUGGAUCAGUAAGCAGGAAUACGACGAGGCUGGUCCGUCCAUUGUUCACAGGAAAUGCUUCUGAAUCAUGUUCCAAAAUGGAAGUGUCAAAUGUGGCUGGACAAUGGAUUGUUCCUUUAUGGAAAUAUUCCUUCCAAAGCUAUUCCUAGCUCUUCCAAGGGCUGUCUGUAUGCUUAACAUAUCCUCUCUAACAUUGCUUUUGACCUAUCCAAACUGAAGUCCCAUCACAUAACCUAAUGCACAGUGAUCACCUGUAAAAAUGUGCUAAACCCCUCCAUGCUAGUGACUCAUCACAAGGUUAAGAGGUAAAACCACACUAAUGUGAGGCUAUGGAUCUGUCGCUGACUACAGCACUCUUCGUUGUCAUUGUACUGUCAGAUUCUCAGGGCUAGAGAUGAGACUGGUGCAAGAUGUACUCAAGGUCGGGCAUCUAAAGAUUGAGUAAUUAUUCCAUAACUCCUCUUCGGGGGCUGGCAAGUGCAAAUGUUAAUUGCUACUUGUCUUCCUGCUGUACCAGCAGGAAUUAAGGGGCCUGUCUGCUUUUUUCCACCCAACUGUACCAAUAAAUAGCCAUGGGGCUGAAGGCUACUCCUGGCUCCAUGCGCAAGCUAUUGUAUUCAUCCUAAUCUGAAGAGAAUCUCCCCAAUGUACAGAGAUUAAGAGUUUGUAUGGUCAUUAAGGCAAAGUGGAGAAUUGUAACAUGCAAUGAUAGUCUUGUGAUAAGGGGAAAUUUAAA